AUGGCCUGCGGCUGUUGUGGUUGUCUGUUGUCCUCCUCAUCAAUAUCUCCACCGUUAGCUGCAGCAUCAACAGCAUCAACGACAGCAGCAGCGGCAUCAUUAUUGGCAUCGUCAGCCCCAACAACCGCAAUGACAAUGAGAAGUAGCCACAUCAGCAACAGCAACAGCAACAGCGGCUACAAAGUUGUUGGCAAUGACGCUGACGACUUUGAGUGCCAACAUCAGCAUCCAAGUCAUUUGCUGCAAUCUGAGAGCGACCUCUUAACUUUCGCGCAACGUAAAACGCAUUUCGAGUGCGACAAGUCGAUUCGCAAGGAGCUCUUCACCGCCACCACACGUCCGCCGAGUGUUCGCGUUCUCUACGAGGAGGCAGCCAGAGUGAGGCCAACACCCUCCGCCCUUUGCUACCAUUCACCGCAUUCGCCGCGCUCAUUUACAUCGGCCGAUGGUUUAACGGUUUGCGAAGCCACCAACGCUGAUGGCGCGCUGUUGGAUGGCGCGGCAUCGGUCAUAGGUGCUGGCGACAUUGACGAACUGGUUUGUACGCCCGUCUUUGGCAAGACCAAUCGCAAGAUGCGCACCAGAAUUGAUGCUGAAAUUGAAAUAAGAUUGCCUGCCGCCAUUGAAGAUCUCCGCAAGUGGACUUCCAGCGAAGCGUUGGGUGACGUCACGGUCACGCCCGAUUGUAUGCAUCAUGUUGACACGUCCAUUAGCACCUCGAUGGUGAUCGGCGACAAUGGGGUAUUGACGCCCGCCCUAUCUCCGUCCGUGCUGUCCGCCGAUGCGGUCGACGCACUCUACGCCAUAAAUGUCAGCCAAAUUGGCGACAAUACGCAACUGCCUAACGACAUAAAUAAAGAUGUGCCUUUGAAUCAUCGACUGCCUUCACCUGAGGAACAAUGUAAAAUUAUAGCUUUAAGGUAUCCCGCCGAAGUGAUCUCGGUGGACACAUCGGGCAAACGUUUCCAGCGCAUGUGUGCGGCGCGCAAAUCCACAACCGGUUGCUACACCGGCAACAUGGCCGAGACGAACAAUUUGAACGAUGACGUUCAAACGGUGAGCCGACGUUCACGUUCGCGACGAGUGCGCGGCAAGCGACGCAACACAAUCGCCGGCACCGAUCAGAAGGAAAUUCAAGAUGCGGCAAAUGGUGACUCGACAGCAACAAGCGGUGAGAUUAAAAGCGCCGUCGGCAAAACCAAUUCAAACGUGCCCAUAGGAGCCAAUGCCGCCGCAGCUGCCGAUGGUAAUGACGAGGAUGUGCGUCGCAGCGAUAAAUCGAAAAAGUUCGGGCGCAGCAAAUCGAGCGAUAUUUUAAAAAAAGAUGCUGUUGCCUUGCCCUACGAUAAGGGCAAGAACACAUUGACACGCCUAAAUUCGCUUAAACAAUGGGGCCGGAAUCGCUUCAAAUUUAUGCAACGCACCGAGACAACGGCGCAAUCGGCCAGCGAUAGUGGUGCUCAUGAUGUGUCGGCGAGCAGCAGCAGCAGCAGCAAUAGUUCGCAGCAACAACCGCCGACGCCUGAAAAAGCGGAGACGAGCGGUAAUAACGUCACAAUCAUGCCGACGAAGCCAAGCCAAUCGACGCGCACCGAGACGGGCGACAUCGAUGAUGAAUGCGUUGUGCAUGAGCUGGUGAGCCAAAAGAACGAAGGUCGCUUUUCGCAUGAACGAAAACCGUCAUAUUCGUCGUCGGAGAAGAGCAUGAGUGUGAGCAGCAGCGGGCACCUUAAAGGUAAACUGCAUCUGGCCACCUGUGGUAACGUGAAAUUGCGUGAUACCUCAUCGUUGAAUCGUCAACGGCGACUCGGUAUCACCGCCAACGAUGCGCUGGGCGGCAAAGAGGAACAACCGCAUUCGUCUAGCGGCAAUUGGAGUGCUAGCUCUGAAUCGGGGCGAGCUUCUAUAGGCAGCGAAAUUACUAUACAACCGAAGUCGAGUGCUUCAAAUACAUCGCUUAAUGUGUCAAGCUUCCAUCCAGGUAGUGGUCCGCCAUCGUCAAUGAUGAGUCGCCGUCGCUUCUUGAAUACGUCCGCCUCGAGCAGCGUAACUAGCGAGGGUACUGCCACUCCCGAUUUACAAGUAGCCGAUGGCUCAUAUCCCAAUCAUUUGGAUGAUGAAACAAGCUCAGCUUAUUCGUGUGACACAGAGGGCUAUUACACUUCAUUUCACAUGGACAGUGGUCUGCGCACGCUGAAAGAAGAAGAUCCGCCAAUGACGCCAUUGCAACACAAUCAAAUGUUGCAUACGAGUAACUAUUCUUUUGGCAGUCAGUCCAACCAAACUGUGCUAACGGCCGAAAACGAAUAUGAACUCUUCGGCAAAGGCUCCACAUCCACCACGACCAGCUCGGCGGGCACUGUUUGCACAACUCUGCUGGUGAGUGGCGAACAAAGCAGUCUGAAUAGCGUGGGUCCAGAUGUGCCCGAACGCAUCAGCUCAUUGGGUAAGUUGAACAAGAAUAACCACAGUAAUAGCGCCAGCACUAGCACGCUUGAACGCAGCUACUCCAGCAGCACCAUAGGUAGCACUUUAGAACGCACUGGCACCAUAAAACGCAAUGUGAAUGCCGGCCUUAAACUAAACACCACUGGUGAUGCGAACGAUAUUGACGGCAUCAAGGGUAACUUUGAAACGCCCGAGUCACAAGAAGACGAAUUUGAUUUUGAAAAACGUAUACGACGUCGCUCAGCGCAGCCGUUGCCCGCAAUCGUUCUGUCCGAGGUGGAAUGCUCCGAAAGUUCCGAUUUGGAGGGUGUGGAACGUAUUGAGCGCAUCAAACAAAAGACUGCUAUUAACGCAAAGCGCAUACCGUCUAUGUGCAUCAUAACGCCAACCACUAGCGAUGACGAGAACCAAAGCAAAGAUGGCGGCGAUGGCGAUGACGCUUACGAUCCAGACCGCACUUUAACACCACAAAGCUCGCCAUGUUCGAAAGCUGCUAGAAAAGGAGAAACCACCCUUAAAGUGGAAAUAAACGAAGUGUCCGACUAUUGCACUGUGGAUGGCAACAAUGCGGCGAGAAAAGUGGUGGAAGCACCACUCACCCCCACAAAGGGUGACAAAGACCACAAUUUGAAUGUGCUGAAGCGAAAUUCAAAUUAUGCCUUGAACAUGUUCGAAAAACUGAAAGUCGUCUUGCCAAGCAUUAAACGUUCGCCCAGUAAAAGCUCACAGCCCGAGAGUGUGGUCGAUGACGACGAGCUGUACGACACAGCCGGCGAGUAUGUGACCAUUGCAGACAUUAGCAACAACAAUCGGCACAAUCAACUACCAACGCCGAAAGCAGUAGGCGCAAGCUGCCUUGGAAUCUACUAUUCCAAUGACAUAGUUCGACGCAAACUUGGUGUUGCCUCUGCUGCCGCCGAUGCAGCGACAAAAGCUCACGAGCCCAACAAAACGCUUGCGGCGGGCAGGAAGCGCGAGACCGAGUACGUUUCAUUGAAUGAGCUGCCACAACAUUUGCGUAAAGCUGGUGGCAGCACAUACAGCAGCGGUGCAGCAUUGAGUGCAACAGCCAACAAUGAAAUUACUGCCACCGAUGGCAGUGCAGCCACGUUCGAGACGGAAGCGAUGCAAAAACAGACGACGACUACGGCCACGCAGUGCGCAGAAUCCGCACAACAAAGCAAAUCGGUUGUUCAAUCCGCCGUGCCCAUGUAUGCCGAAAUCAGCGAAGUGCGAGAGCAGUCUUCAGCCUCUCCACUAACGCAACACAAGGGUGCUCGCGUGCGUCUAAAUUCGCAGGGUAAAAUUAUUUACGAAUCGGACAGCUUGAAGCGACGCAAGGGCGCGCACACAACAUUCGCACCUGGUCCGUAUGUAAAAGAAACUGAAAGUGCGCUGCCCGAAAUCACAAGUGUGAACGCACAACGCACGCAGCAGGCGCAAUUGCAAGCCCAAUCCCAAUCCCAGUCUCAGUUGGGCAGUGAAAGUGCAAACGCAGCGAAAGCGAAUAUUUCCGUGUCGGCGAAGACAACAGCGGCCAAAUUACUUUUGCUAAAUGGUGGUGUAGCGGCGACCAGAAAAAUCGCCAAUGUGCGUCCCAUUGUUGCAACGUCACCAUUAACUCUAGCCAGACAACAACAGCAACAGCAGCCUACGCAGCAACAUUACACCGGGCAGACAGCUAACAGCCAUUCAAAUAUGUCAUUGUCGUCUGGCUUGUAUGAGGAGCCUCGUGCCACACUGCCGUACAGCAGCAGUUACCAAGACAACAAGAAUCUGUUGGCCAACAAUACAAAUCCAUUCUUCCAAUCGAACAUCAUCACCGCCGCAGCACCGGCAUCAGCGCUAAAGAUGAUGCCCUCUCCAUCGACCAAGUCCACUUCGUCCACGGGCUCCACCAUAUCGUCGAGCACAUCAACGAACACCAGCAGUGGCACUUCGAGUGCAUCCUCUGCCAAGGAAGAAGGCUAUCAACGUUUAUAUAAAACGAGAGAUCAGCAACAGCCACUGCCACAACCACCAGUUGAAUCGGUACCGCAAUCACAGGUGGAGGCAUCGCCCUUCCAGCGCAACACGCCCAUCUAUUGGACGCUGCAGAAUCGCAGACAGCAAAAGGCGCCACCCAGUAGCGUGACAUGUCGAGACGAUCUCUAUGCCACGCCCAUAAAACGUUCAGAACGUAUGGCACGCGCAGCAGCGUCUGCAGCCCAAAAUGGUGCGAACAGCGCCAGCAACAUAUCGCCGAUUGUGCCACGUAACCGUAGUGGGUUCCAAACAUCCACACCCUCGCGAGGAGACGAUGCUGCAUUGGCGGCGCUAAGUAAUUCGCCUUGCAGACAACCACUCAGUCGCAAUCCGACUUGGGCUGAUGAUAAUUCACCAGAGCGCUACAACACCUGCUCGGAUCGCAUCGGGCAUAGUAAGACGAGUUUGCUGGAUUUCAAGAAGCUGCUACUGGCCAAAUCGGUGAAGACGAGUCCUGUUCAACGGAAACUCUCCGCAGUGGAGUUGCUGAAGAAGACCAGUCCGGUUAAUGUAUCACCGGCAGAGGCAUCAAUUAAUAAACCAUUGCCUGCUAGUGGCACGCAAGCGCUGAACGGCAGUAUGAAAUUGCUAGACUUGAGCGGUUCACCGAAAACGUUCGCCAAUCGGCGUAUGCUGCGCCAAGGACAGUUCGGUUCACCAUCUAAAAAUUUCGCGCCCAAACUCAAAGGCACCACAGGUGGCAGCAUAGCUAAUGCCGUGCAACGCACCAAUAUUAUGUCUACCACCAUACCGGAGGUGAACAGCGAGGAAGAUCACUCGAGUACGUCGUCGAGUACGAACAGUUCAAAGGACAGCAGUGAGCUGAAGACAGUUUUAGGUAUGGCGGCAGCGUUGGAUGCAACGGAGAAUAGCACCAACCGUUCGUACGACCUGAAGCGGAAUUUCUUCUUGCAGACGGAGGAGAAUAACUUUAUGCGUGGCGAAAUGAAGGCGGCGUUCGGCAAAAGCAGCACACCGUUGACGUCACCAGUGCCAAUUGCGGCAGUGCCAGCGGGAACAGCAUUGGCAAUGAGCAACAACAAAUAUGUGGGUGGGCAAGUGAAAUCCGCCAACAGUAGUCCCUUGCGCACUGCCACGAUUUCGGAUGUCGUGAAUCGUCAUUACGCGCCACAAUCACCAUCUGCGGGAGCUACGCUGACGUUGGCACCAGCAGCAGCAGCAAAGGCCACGGUAACGGCAACCGUGACGCCUAUGCCAGCGUUGGAGACGGCGCUUUAAGCGCAUGGUGAUGUGCAGCAUCAUUUGUUACUGUCAGCGUAACACACACACACACAUACAUAUGCACAUAUGAAACGAACGAAAAGCAAUUUCGAAAUCAAUUAACAAACGUACGAUGUUUAUUACGGGGCGUUUCCGAGGAAUGCGAGAAGAGUGAGAGUGGGGAAGAGAAGUUGGAGAGUAGAGGAGUAGGAGAGUAGGAUAGUAGGGGAGCAGAGUAGCAUCGAGGCGGAGCGCAGCUGCUGCAAGAGAAUGACGCUAAACGCUUGUUGCCUAUUUUCAUAAUAUUUUUAUCAUACACAUCCACACAUACAUACAUAUAAAAGAUGCUUACAUCAACACACACACACACAUACAUGCUUAUACUACCUAAUGAACGCGUGCAUACGCAGUUAAAAAUGCGUUCAGUGCAUACAUUUUAGAGGUGAAAAAUUAUUUAUAAUAUAAACGAAAAAAAAAACAAAUAAUCGCAAAUUUUACAAUGCAAAAACAACGCGUAAUAAUUUAGGUUUAGACAGUCAAAUGCAUUUACUUAAAAAUAAAUAAAAAUACAUACAUAUGUAUGUAUGUGCACACCCAUCUAAGGGUAUAUUUAGUUGCAUCCAUAUAUUAAAAUGCGUUUAUACAUGCAUACAUAUGCACGUGCGUACAUAUGUACAUAGCAACAAUGUGCACCUAAGCGCAGUAGAGUGUAAGGCAUUUGCCGCAUACAUUUAGGCGUCAAACGCUUAGACGACACCAGACAACGCAAGCAAUUACGCAAAUAAGUAAAUAUUAAUAAAAAUAAUGCACUAGUACAUACAUACAUGCACGCAUACAUACAUAAAUACGUAUACCAUUUGCUCACAAACACUGAUAUUUACUGCAAUUGAAGCGCCAAAAUGCAUGGAAUUUGCGAAAAGAAACAAGAAAAAACAAAACAAAAAAAAACGUUGAAACAAAAAACUAAGUAGUAUUUAAAAACAACAACAAAUUACAAUCUAACUUUCUACACUUUAUGCUUCGAUUUUUGAAGUACCCAACAGCCAGCCAGCUAAAUGUAGGAAAAAGUCAAAAAACAAACAAAAAAACACAACAAAGAAGAAAAAAUGCGACCGACCGAAAUGCCAACACAACUGGCCAAUGGCUAAUGUCCUUGCAUCGCUGGCCGACCAUCUACUUAUAUGUGUGUAUAUCUAUAUUAUAAUGCAUACACGCAUACAUGCAUACAUAUUUAUAUUAUAUAUUUAUUAUAUAUUAUAAUUUAAGACAUAAACAAAACACUUUCAAUUCCUAAAUGCUGAAACGAUUGCCUUUUCUCUUCGGUUAAAAUUAGAAUGAAAAAUAACAAAUAACAAAUACAACAAUAAUUACAUCUUUAUUGUGCUAACAAUUAAAUAAUUAGUUACCUAAUUUUGGCUAAGAAAAUAUCGAAAUUUACUCGACGAGUGCUUACAGUGAUUACCACAAUUAUGCAUACACACUAAGCACACGCAUACAUACAUACAAGUAACUAAUUGUAAAAUCUGAUUUUCUUCUAAAAUUUGCGCAUAAGUUUUAACAUUUGACAAACAAUAAUUUAUUGCUAUUUAUAAUUUAUUUAAGUUAAUAAAAAAUGGUUUCAAAUUUUAGCUAAUAAUUUAUAUAGCUGAGCAAAUAAAAUAUUAUAAUAAAGCAAUGCAUAAAGAGGAAUAAUAAGCAAAUAUACAA